ACGCUUUCUGUGCGAGUUUGGAGCAAAGAUGGCGUCCGUGCAGCUAACGGACGAGGAGCUUUUCUCUGAGUUAAAACGCCUCGGUUUCACUCCGGGUCCGGUUACGGAAAACACGCGACCGGUGUACUUAAAAAAGCUCAAAAAGUUACGCGAGGAGCAACAACAACGGUCCAGGGCCGUGAAAGGGAGAAACGGCAGCAGCGUCAACAACAACAGCAGCAGUAGCAGUAGCACGAGCGUCGGCGGUAAUAACGGCCACACAGCGACGGGAACCUCGGCGUUUCUGUCUCGGCCGAUGGCCGGUGCCGUGACCCACGUGAACGCGACUCGAAGCCCAGGCACUCGGCCGGUUUUGAACGAAAAGCGAGCAGACAGGAGUGGAAAGUUCGUUCUGGGGUUUAGCUCAGACGAGUCAGACGCGGAGGCGCCGCAGAAAAAAGGAGGCCUGAACCACAGCGGCGGCGGCGGCAGGAGAGACCGAGGCUCGAUAAGGCCUACACAAGAGACACCCACCGCCGGCGCACGCAGAAGUGCCGGGCUCGGUUUAAACAGUAGCACGAAAUCUCAUAUGGGGGUUUCAGAGAGCAGAAGAAGCGCCCUCGGGUCUCCGUGGAUGACAGACUUGGGGAAAUCAAGCUUCGUGGACGAUAAGGAUGACGGCGAACCGGACGACAUGAACAAGGAGACAGAGAGGACCAGUAGGACUCUGAACGGUAGUAAGGGUUCAUACAGCAGCAAACUCUCUGGGGAUUAUUCUGAUUCAGACGAAGAGGAAGAUGAAGAGGAGGAGGAACGGAGACGGGAGCGCCGUCUGACUUCCAGACGUUUUGUGUCUAAGUUCACUUCCACUCCGUACAAAAGCGUCUGGGAGUCGGAGCGCGUCCGGGAAAAGGGAAUCACCGACACCAAGUCCGGCGCUCUAGACCCUCACAAUGAGUGCAUGGAGGGAGACGGAGAAACAAGCGAGUUAACCGGGAGUUAUCUGAAAAAUUCCCGUUUCCACGGUGUGAACGGAGAGGAAAGCAGCAGCAAAAACGCCGGGGAGGCCGCGGUAAGCAGCGGGGUCCUUAACUUCGAGCUCAGACCCCGGGUUUCGGCUUACAGCAGCCUGGCCUCGACCUACGCCUUCAACCACUCGAACCACACCGGCUCCAAUCAUAACUAUAGCCAAAAAAGGAAGGCCACGGGGCAAGAAGACGAGCUGCUGGAGCAGUUUAAACGGGAUGAGGUGUCAGCCACCGGCGGCGUCAGCGCGCAUUACCUGUCCAUGUUCCUCCUGACCGCCGCCUGCCUCUUCUUCCUUCUGCUCGGCCUCAUGUACCUGCGUAUGCGGGGCUCCGGAGCCUCAGACGCAGUUACUGGCAGAAACCACCCAUUUGGUGCAGACUUUGAUAAAACAUAUACCCACACAGAGAAAGACACUAUUCUUAGUCUUCUACUCCAUCUGCACGAAUAUCUGGCCAAUACUGCAGGUGAACAUGACUGCAAAGAUCUCAACGAACAAUUAAACAGAAGUGUCUCCUUCUCUGAAGCCACCAAAUAUCUGAAGAAACAAAAUAAAAGCUAUGAAGCUUGGAUCGAAGUAGCCAUGGAGUGGCUCAUUAGAGCUGGAAACAUUUCUGGUAUAAGGUUGAUUGCAGAUGACCCUGUACAACUAGUGGCGGAUGUAUUCGACAUUACUCGUCUGGAGUCCACUCACCCUCGCAUGUCCUUCUUUUGCCGCUUUCGACGAGCCUUCUUCACUGUGAUCUACAGAGUGCUUCUCACCAUUGCUGGAAUUGGCAUUGUUUAUGGCGUACUACGUUACGUGAAGUACCGAUGGAGAAGAGAGGAGGAAGAAACCAGGCAGAUGUUUGACAUGGUGGAGAAAAUCAUAGAUGUCCUGAAGAGCCAUAAUGAUGCAUGUCAGGAGAAUAAGGACCUGCAGCCUUAUCUGCCCAUUUUUCACUUGCGGGACUCUCUCAUUCAGCCGCAUGAGAGGAAGAAGAUGGAGAAAGUGUGGAACAGGUCUGUGGCUUUCCUCUCUGCAAGUGAGUCUCGCAUUCGGACAGAAACGCAGAGGAUUGAGGGAGCUGAUUUGCAUGUGUGGCGGUGGAUACAGCCUCCUGUGUCUUGUGACAACAUGUGCAAUAUGUCUUCCAAACAAUGGCAGGGGAAAGCGUUUCCAUUGGAUCGAAGGAAUUCGCCACCAAACAGUUUAACGCCAUGUCUGAAAAUUCGCAACAUGUUUGACCCUGUAAUGGAGGUGGGGGAAAACUGGCAUCUUGCCAUUCAGGAAGCCAUUUUGGAGAAGUGCAGUGAUAACGAUGGGAUCGUCCACAUUGCUGUUGAUAAAAAUUCAAGAGAGGGCUGCGUUUAUGUGAAGUGCCUUUCAGCAGAGCACUCUGGGAAAGCUUUCAAGGCACUGCAUGGCUCUUGGUUUGAUGGAAAACUGGUGACUGUUAAGUACCUACGUCUUGACCGCUACCACCAGCGUUUCCCGCAAGCCUUGGGCUGUAACACACCUCUGAAGCCGUCCAGCUCCAGCAUGAACACCAUGGCCCGGCUACACCAGCGCUCCAACUCCUACAGCUUUCUGAGCUUCUCUUGAGCCCUAACCAUGUCUUAAAUUGCUUGCUCUCCCUUUUUUCUUUUCCUCUCCUUUUCCUUAAUGAGAGACUGCCCCUCUCUUGGAUCCCUCCUUGCAGUUGGAGCCAUGCUCAAGAGAUUUUUCCUCAUUGAAGACAUGGUAGUCUUUUGUAAGCAGGUCUAAAGUGACUGUUUGUUGCAACCCUGUCAGCUUAGGAGAUGGAGAUGAAGAGGGAGCAGUGCAGAGUGAACAUGUUGGGAGUUGUCAGAGCUUUGCUUAGGACAGCUAGUCAUGCAUAUCCCUCCUCUCAAACUUUGGUGCAAUGGACACAGUUAUCUAUAUUAUUCAUUUUCUUUUCUUUUUUUUUUUUUAAACAGUCUGGCUUUAUGGAUUAAACAAGGAAUUUGCUUCCAAUUUAUUCUAAUAUUUAGAUUUGAGGAUAUAUGAGCGAGAACUGAAGCUGCUGUCUGUGGUUUUACUUUUUUAUUAUUUCUUUUUUUCCUCCUCUCCUUGGUCAAAAGGAGUUCUGUUGGGCUAUACAUAGCUGCAUGUGCUGGUUCCAAUAUUCCUGUAUUUAUGCUUUAAAUUGUAUUAUAUAACGUGUAUGUUUAUUUCCCUGAAGACUUUUUAACUUUAUGCAUUUCCUUUCUUUGUAGUUUUUAGACCAAAACAAUGGCAUGCUCACACUCUAAAAGGGGUGCUGUAAAUAUUUGUUGAAUGGUGGUGGUUAAAGAUAUCUGUGUAAAGCUGCAGAUUGUCAUAAGCUCAUUCAUUUCUUGCCAACCAGUGAGUGAAAAGAUGUGUCAGAGGAGAUGCUGUGUUCACACUAUCACGCUAUACAAGCCGCUUGGUUUUGAGAUGUGUGUAGAGUAUUUGGCUCCUUGUGUAAUACCCCCACUUCAUGCAUUUCUCACCUCAGUCUUGCCAUUUUGAUUUUAUUCCAUUGUACUCUAAUGUAUUAUUAUUACUAUUAUUUUCUUUAUACUUUGAGUUCUGCAAGUUUUCCAUUUUCAUUCCAGUUGGUGCAGUUUGAUGGUUUUGACUUUUCCUCAUUCACAGACAUCCUCUGGCCACCAAAGUGAUUUAGUAAGCAGCUAAAGUUAAAGUUUUCCACAUGAUCAGGAUCAGCAAAUCUGGUCAGGUGUUGAAGUUUCUCCACACUUCUUUGCCCAUUUUGUAUUGUAGUCUUGUGAAAGAGGGACAGAUAAGCCAUGCUGAUCUUCACAAAGCAUGUCAUGUUUUGUUUAAAUAUGGUGGGGGUUCAUUUGAGAAUAAUAAAGUGUAAGUUUGUAAGAAAUAUUGUCCCCAAUUAAUUAUCAAGGGUCAGAGUAACUCCUGCAGCACAUAUAAAGCUUGGCUGUAUCAAAUUUGCAGCAAGUGGUUUAUUUGACUAGUUUGAUGGAUUUGGCAACUCCAUCUCUUGUUUCUCCAUUACUUUUUUCCCCCUUCAUUAUUAUUUCUAUGAGAAAAGCAUUGCAGAUGGAGUGGAGUAUUUGCAGCAAGAUGUAUAAACAGAGCACAAAAACAGUGCACUGUUCUCUGCAGCAAAUAACCAAAUUGUGCCUUAAUUUUGUGCUGUUUUAGGGACUGGCGCUGCAUUAAGUGGGAAUGCCUUUAAAAAAUGUUUUUUUUAAAAAUUUAUUUUACAAAUUUGACUCCACGUGUUUAAAGAGCAGAUUGUGAACAUUCUAUAUUAAAACUCCUGAAUAUUUUGUUUUUAGAAAAGUGACUGACAUGAGAGAUGUCUAGUCAAAUUUGCCAUCAUGGGUGCAGUUAAUAUAAAGUGCUCAUGAACUAGGUCAUCAACAUUACAUUCUAUAAUCUCUCCCCGUGAAUGCCCAUUUUUGUUUUCUGUUUUUAAGUACAGGGUUUGACCCAUUUUGACUUACCAUUCAUCUUCUCAGAACUGACGUGUGAGAAAUAAAAAUGCAGACACAAGUUGUUACUGUACUUGCACUCAGUGUAAUUUGCUUUGCGUCCAUAGCCCAGUAUUGCUCGUUUACCUGUCACCCCUUUAAGACUUUUUCCUUUUUGUAAAUUAUGUGACCGUAAACUUUGUUUGGUGUGGCACGAAUUGAAAUGGUGCCUGACUUGCAUCUUCAUUAUUGUUUCUUUUUUCCUCCUCUAUGAUGUCCGUACUGUACACUGUACAUUUUUAUCUGUACAAAGUAAUAUUAUGCAGCAGCAGACUCAGCACAUUGUAUGGUUUUGACCAAGAUCCCUGACCUGCAAGCCAGGGGGGAAGUGAACAAUAAUCCAGGCUUUUUAAAGCUUCAAAUUGUUUUAAUGUUACUUGUCAAUUGUUAAACCUGCUCUAAUUAAAGGUUUAUUAGGGGUUUUUAAUUUGAA